GCGAGGGUCUGAAAGAGGAAGCUUCCAACGCGGAAGAUACAAUUUGUCUGCUCGCUAGACGCGUAAACUUAGCGUUGAAAGAUCCACUAUGCUUCAACCAUCUAAUCGUCUCCACUUCACACUCAGGAAUGGUGAUUGAUAAAUAAUGCCUUUACUCAACUUUUGCACCAUCAUUGUGUUAAUUAUCUGCCCUCCAUUGCCUCUUUCUCUCAGAGUGACGCUUGCAAAAUGCUUUCACUAGCUAUCGGAUCGUUUGCUGGAGCGGUUGCCACUAAUAUCCUAUCAUGUGGGGAAGAUUUGGUGAGCGAAUGGUGGUCCUGGAUUCAGCCUUCAUCUUCAUGUGCAAGCUUGCACAUUCCAAAAUUACCCAAAAAUGGAGUGGGUUUGGAUUCUCAUGUACGGGAGUUGAAGAAACUUUUAUUUGAAAUGGGUUAUAACAAGGUGGGAGUGAGCGCAAUGGGGGGCAGUGGCAAAACAACCCUGGUAGCUGCUCUCUGCAGGGAUGCCGAAGUCAAAGAACAUUUUGGAGACAAGAUCUUUUUUCAAACAGUUUCAGAGUUCCCAGAUAACAAGACGAUUAUUAAAAGCAUUUGGAAAAUGGCUAUAGGGGAUCAAGCAGUGUCUGAUUCUCAGAACAUUCAAGAGGCUCUUCAAGAAAGGCUUAGGCAUAAACAAGAAAAAAUUCUUGUCAUAUUAGAUGAUGUGGGGCCAGAUGUUAAUCUUGAAGAAUUGUUGUUUGAAGCAGAAGGAUGCAAGAUCGUUGUUACAGCAAGGGGCACUAUAAAUUUCAAUUAUCUUGAUAGCACUUAUAAUUUGCCUUUGCUUGGAGAGGAAGAUGCUCUGUCCCUCUUUUGCUAUUGUGCCUUUGGUCAAAAAAGCAUUCCAGAUGAAGGGUAUGACAAGCAACUAGUCAAAGAGGUAGUAAAAGGAUGUGGAGGAUUACCACUUGCAUUGGUGGUGAUUGGACGUUAUUUACAUAAACAGAGUGAAAAUGUAUAUUGGGAACAUGCCAAAAUGCACCUUUCACAAGGAGGACGAAUCAAUAAUGCUUAUGAAGAUGAAGUUCUCAACCGCUUAGCAUUGAGCAUAGAAAAUCUUGACAAUGAUACCAAAGAAUGCUUUUUGGACCUGAUAUUGUUUCCAGAAGUGAAAAAAAUCCCUGUUGAUGCCUUGUUCGAUAUUUGGAUUCAUAAGCACAACUUAAGCCUAAUUGAAGCGCGAAAGAUUCUUCUUGAUCUUGAAGACAGAAGGCUGCUGAGUUUGGUACAACUAAAUCAUAAUCCAGGCGAUCGUCUAGGGAUUAAUUCUGGCAGCGCUUCUGAGAUAUAUGUAGUUCAACAUGACGUGUUGCUGAGCUUGGCUAUUUAUUGGGCAAAUAAAAAUCAAAAUGACAAGAUAUGCAAAAGGUUGAGAUUAUAUCCAUUGGAAAAGCACUCACGUGGAAAUAAAGAAGUCGCUGAGAUUAUUGCCAUUCGCACAGGUUCAAUGAAAGAGAGUCAAUGGCCUAAGGUGGAGUUUCCGAAGGCCCGCGCUCUUGUAUUAAUAUUUGAUGGAAACGAAUAUUUUCUUCCACCAUUUUUGGAGAAAAUGCCGGAGUUGGAAGUUCUCAUCAUAAUCAACCAGAAUUCUUGUAGGACUAAGCUUGACGGCAUGUCAACCUUUAGUUCAUUGGUUCAGUUGAAGAGCCUUCGGCUUGAAAAAUUGAUUGCCCCUCUUCAAGAUUAUUUUCAAUAUUUAAAAAAUCUCAGGAAGCUAUCAUUGAGUUUGUGGACCACUGCUAAGAGACGAUUCGACAUAGAAGUGUGUUCAAAGCUACUUGAAGAGGUUAAUAUUAGCUACUGUGAGGAUAUCAAGGAAUUGCGCAUUUGCAAUUUAACUUCGCUAAAAACACUGUCCAUUACAAACUGCCAUCAGCUUCACAAGAUUCCUAAGAAUCUGGGAAAUCUUGCAGGAUCUCUGCAAGUGCUGAGAUUAGUUGCUUGUCUAGCUCUCAAAGAAUUGCCAGCCUCAAUUUAUGAGCUUGGAAAGUUAGAAGUCCUUGACAUUUCCAAGUGUCAAUGCUUGCAUGCUCUUCCAGCUGACUUUGAUAAAUUACAGAGACUCAAAACUCUCAAUAUGGGUGACUGCAAAAAUAUCAAGAAACUUCCUAGAAUGGCUAAUGGCCUUAAAUCUUUGUCACUUGUGGUCUGCGACGAGCAAUUGAAAGAACAGUGGUCUGGCGUCCCAGGGUCCAUUGAAGUGAUUAUUGAAAAACAAACAUUUGAUCUAGAUUGGCUGCUGGACGAAUAAUUUGGCUCCAGCAAUCAGUUAUGUUGUGUGGACAGUAAUUAUGUAGUGUGGGUUGAGUAAUUUAAUUUUACUUGUACACUGGAUUUAGAAACAAAUACUAUUUGUGGUGUGGGUUCACAGA